ACUCGUUACUAUGUAGCCUGACGACUCUAAUCAAUGCCUGGCACCUGCGAUAAGCUCUGUGCCCCGCACUCCAGUAUCAGUUGGGCCAGGCCCGAUCUCGGCGAUAAUAUAAAAAUCAUUUGGCCUGCGGAUCCAGUGGCCAGUUUCAAAUCGACCUCUUGCGAAGACGGUUCGCUUCGGUAAAAGAGCUAAACGAAUAGAAUGCAGAACGACAAGUUUGGUGCCCCGCAGGAGCUGGUUUUCGUACCACCAUCACAGCAGCCACCAGGAUACCCACAGCCAGGAUACCCACAGCCAGGAUACCCACAACCAGGAUACCCACAACCACCACAGCAGGGCUAUCCGGCACCGAGCUAUGGACAGCCACAAAUGACUCCUGCUCACACAUACGGAGGUCCUCCACCGCCGCCGCCGCAGCCUCCGCGGGAUCCUCCCACCCGAGUAGAGGGUCCUCGCGAAGGAUGCUGCUCUUUCAACCAAAGGAAUAAGCCUCAGGGGAAUGCCUUAGGCACAGCUGGUCUGAUCUUCGCCUCUGGAGGCAUGAACAUAGCGUGGGCCAUUGGCUUCCGAGGACCCAUUGCCUAUCACACGACUAAGCAUAACUUUAUAGCUUGGUUCAUUGGCGCCAUCAUUGGGGCGGUGCUCACCUGCGGACUGACCAACAAGGUGCCCAAGAAGAUAGUCCUGCAAUUCUCCUCGGUUCUGGUCAUAAUCGGUGGCCUGGUGAUCGCUUGCACCCACCAGAACGGGAGUGGAACCAUAGCUGCCUGCUACCUGGACGGGAUUGCCAACGGCCUGGUGUUUGCUCCAUUCAUGGCCUUGGCCGCUGAGCUCUCGGUGGCCUAUAAGCGGGGUAUUUUUGCCACCAGCAUGGAGCAGGUUAGCUUCGGCGUCGGCAUCCUGCUGCAGAUCAUAUACACCAGUUCCUGGAGUUACAACACUUACACCGCGUACAACGACUUCACGGCCGACAACAUGAAGGGAGUAUUGAGCACCAUUUUCGGAUUCCUGGCCCUGAUUAUGGGCACCUUCAUGACCAUCGAGUCGCCGGUGCUGAUGCUGGCCAAUAAUGACGAGGCUGGGGCAGUCGAUGCCCUGCGCCGCCUGCAGAAGCCAGCCGUGAUGACGGACGAGACCUACGAGCAGCUGGCGGAGCACAAGCGCUACUUGGCGGAAAACAAGAGCAUGACCCUGGGCCAGAGCAUUAGCCAGGCGUUGCCCACGUUCCUGCGACUGGCCUACCUGCGAGCCCUCAACGCGAUGAGCCUUUCCUCCUUCGUGAUCUUCACGCUGGCCCUCUCCAUCUUCCUUAGCUACGGACUAUCCAGCUCGCAAGGAUGGUACAUUGGUUUUGCCUUCUGCCGCUGGCUGGGCACCUUGUUCACCAGCUUCUGUAGCGACUCACUGGGCAGGAAGAAGCCCACGUUGGUGGGCCUCCUCGUAGCCGCCUGCCUGUCCUUCGCCGUUGGCGGCAGAUACGGAUUCGGGAACUACAUGGAUGGCGUGACCAUCCUGCUCCUGUUCUUCGCCUUCUUCGCGGGCAUCGCCUUCACGCCCAGCUCCGCCUACGUUUCGGAGGCCUAUCCUCUGGGCGUGAAGCAGCACUUCAUCUCCCUCACCUUCAUCGUGGAGAUGUUCGUCUUCCUGAUCAUACAGGUGUGCGAUUUCAACCUGCGCCAGGGAUACAACUAUUUCUACAUCAUGGGCGGCAUGUAUGUGGGCGGAUUCGUUAUCGCCUUGGUUUCCUUGCCGGAAACCAGACUGCUGACCAUGCGUGGUGCCCAGGAGCAGUUCAGCCGAUUGCUUAAUGUGCGCUUCUAGUCCAGGAAAGACCUGGAAAAAAGCUUUGAUUGUCAACAAUCGGUUAAUAUAAAAGUAUUUCUUACUUAUAGAUAAAUGCCAUGGAAUUAAAAAUUCCAAAAGCUUUAAACGUUUUUAAUUAAAAUGCAAUUGGUUUAAUUCUUAAAGAACUCGGAUUCUUAGACAUAUUUCACCAUGGAAUUUUAUUACUUUUAGUGACCAAUAAAUGGUCGAUUGGGAAAAUCCAAUCGGGGAAGAACCUUCGCUGUUAUAAAGGAUCCUUAUCUAGCACUUUGUUAAUUAAUAAAAAAUGUAAUACACAA